AUGUUAAGCGCCUCAUCUUUACUUCUUUCGGUUCUCACAGCCAUCUUCGUUCCAGACACUCACACACAUGUCAACGCGCAGCAGAGCGGCAAUUGUAAAUGCACUCCAACAUCAGAUUGUUGGCCAAGUGCAACGGAAUGGUCCGCAUUGAACGACACCGUCUCAGGCCAGCUCAUCCAAGCUGUGCCUCCGGCAUCCGUCUGCUAUUCCGCUCAGCCCAAUUACAACGAGGAUGCUUGUGACUAUAUACGGUCACAAUGGUUCAACUCAUCGUUCCACGCGGAAGACCCCAUUAGCAUCGACUAUCCCGUUUGGGCUAACAAUUCCUGCAAUCCAAUUUUCCCGAAUGGGACGAGCGUCACGGGAGAUGUCCAGGCGGGAGAAAAGGGAUGCUCUAUUGGGGACUAUCCUGUCUAUGUGGUGAACGCGACGCAGCCAGAGCACAUAGCUGGGGCUUUACAAUGGGCUGCACAGAAAAACGUUCGAAUUGUAGUCAAGAAUACUGGGCACUCGUAUCCUGGGAGGAGCACCGGAUAUAGCAGCCUAUCUAUCUGGACCCACAAUUUCCGUGGUAUAACCUACCAUGAGGAUUUCCAGCCUCAAUACUGCCCCCUCAACGAAACGCAGAAGGCCGCCACCAUUGCUGCUGGAGAAGUCGGAUCAUCAGUAAUAACUGAAUUACAAAAGCAUAACGCUGUAGUUGUCACAGGAGCUAACCCUGACGUCGGUCUAGCAGGCUGGUUCACGGGUGGUGGCCACGGCUUCCUCUCCUCCACCCACGGACUAGGGGCCGAUAACCUCCUCGAAGCCACCCUCAUAACCCCCACCGGCGACCUCCUAACCGUCAACGCCUGCCAGUACUCAGAUCUCUUCUUCGCCAUCCGUGGCGGCGGUGGCAGUACCUACGGCGUUAUUACCUCCGCUGUCAUGAAAGCAUACACAGCUCCUGAAACUACCACACACAACCUACAACUCACAACCACCCACCCAAACAUCUCAACCGAAUACUGGGACUUAAUCGCCUUCCUCCACUCCCAAAUGCCCGCCUUAAAAGCCGGCGGCAUGCAAGGCUACUACUUCAUGGUCGGCCCACCAAUCAUGCCCACCCUCUCCUUCAUCUGGGUCUUCAACCUCUACGACAAACCCCCCGGAACCGCAGACACACUCUUCGCCCCCAUAAAAACCUACCUCGACGCGCGGCGCGACCUCUUCAUCUACCAUACCACUUCUACUACUAGCUCCUACUACGAUUUCUACGCGCAGGGCAAGAACGAGCUCGUCGCGACCGGCGGCUCGGCCUACGGAUCCCGCCUCCUCCCCGCGCGCGCACUCACCGAAGACGUCGACGCGCUCGCACGAACCUUCGAAGCUAUCGGUCCGUCGACGGAUCUGAGUAGGCCGAGCGGCACCCUCGGCAACACCCUCCUCCUGGGCCACCUCAUCGCGCCGCCCUCCAACGUCUCAGUGGACAACGGCGUCAACCCCGCCUGGCGCACCGCCAUCACGCACUUCAUCGUCUCGGAGGGGUGGCUGGACGGGAUGCCGCAGUCGCUGAUCGACUCCGUGUACGCGGAUAUCACGGAGAAUAAAACGUAUGCGCUGAGGCAGCUGGCGCCAGAUUCUGGCGCUUAUUUCAACGAGUGCGAUUCCUACGAGCCGGACUGGCAAUAUUCCUUCUUUGGGCCCAACUACGCCCAUCUGUGGAUGAUCAAGCAGACGUACGACCCCGAGGGCGUGCUGUGGUGUCGGCGGUGCGUGGGGAGCGAGUUGUGGGUCGAGCAGCCAGGUGGGAGGUUAUGCCGGCCGGAGGGGUACGAGAAGGAGCAGACACCGAUCUGAACAACAAGUCAAGGAAUACUCUCGUUGUAAAGCAAUGUGGAAGUGAGCGAUCAAGUUGAUGGCAUAGCACCGGAGCAGAUAUCGCAAUGCAGGUACCGAAUACAAUGUCUAAUUAAUGACGAUUCCUCUACCAGUGCAUAUGCCGACAAAAGAAGAAGAGGCUCAUGAAGCCUUAAUAGCCAGUCUUUAUGCACAACGCCGUGACCACUCAGCACUCCAAUUGAAUAUCACAACCAGACCGGCCAUACACCACACGCCUCACACUCCUAGCCUCACCUAGCGGCGUCCAUAUACCGAAUCCUCCACCGCCCUCCCACUCCUUCCCUCCGGCUUUCGCCUCAACAUCUGCGCAACCCCAGCA